AUGGCAUGGUGGACGCUUGUCUGCCUCGCCGCCACAGUCGUCGCCGCGCCGUCUUUUUCGACACCGACGCCACCUCCGUCACCAUUUGCCCCACUCACAGGUCCUUCCGAUGCCCUUGUCUCCAUGCCAUCGGCGCCAAUUGCAACGACGAUCCCUUUCGUCACCGCGACGUCACUGCCCACAGCUUCAGCCACCCUGCAGUCUCCUCCAGCGUCGUCACUGCGGCCACCCUCGUUCAGCACAGCCACCGUCUCGGCCGUUCUCGUGCCCGAAUCCACACAGGACGCUGUCGUCGAUCACUCGUCAACUUCGUCGCCGCAGCCGUUCUCUCCGCUGUGCGACCCCAUGUCCUGCCAAGUCCUCCUCACGAUGGGUGGAUGCGUCAUCGUGGUUGUCGCGAUGCUCGUAUGUUGGCACGUCUACCAACGGUUCGCAUUCCGCCGCGAGCGAGAGCAGUUCCAGCUGCGCGAGUCGGAGCUUCGAUCCGCCGUCGAAGAAAGCAUCAUCACGUCCAGCAGGAGCAUUCGCAGUGCCAUCACGAGUAGUUCCACCAGUGUCCACGUGUGA